AGGUUCUAAAAUCACCUUUCAAGUAUAUUGGAUUGGAGGAUGGUACAUCCCAUAUGGAAGCGAGAUAUCCAGCUAUCUUGUUUAAACAGCAAUUAACUGCUUGUGUGGAGAAAAUUUUUGGCUUGAUUCGUGACAAUUUGAAGAAAGAGAUAUCACCAUUGUUAGGUCUAUGCAUUCAGGCUCCCAAAAUCCAACGAAUACAUGGUGGGAAGUCAUCCAGAUCACCUGGCGGUGUUUCUCAGCAGUCACCCAGUAGCCAGUGGGAUAGCAUCAUCAAAUUCUUGGAUUCUCUUAUGAGUCGUCUACGUGGAAAUCAUGUACCUUCAUUUUUCAUCCGUAAGCUGACUACCCAGGUUUUCUCUUUCAUCAAUAUACAACUUUUCAACAGUCUUCUGCUUCGACGAGAAUGUUGCACAUUUUCUAAUGGAGAAUACGUGAAAUCCGGUCUGGCAGAGCUAGAAAAAUGGAUAGCUAAUGCAAAGGAGGAGUUUGCAGGAACCUCUUGGCAUGAGCUAAAUUAUAUUAGACAAGCUGUUGGGUUUCUGGUGAUACAUCAAAAGAGAAAAAAGUCCCUGGAAGAGAUAAGGCAGGAUCUUUGUCCGGCAUUAACUGUAAGGCAAAUCUACCGAAUUAGUACUAUGUACUGGGAUGACAAAUAUGGCACUCAGAGUGUGUCAAACGAGGUUGUUGCUGAGAUGAGGGAGAUUUUAAACAAGGACUCUCAAAAUCUAACCUCAAAUUCAUUCCUGUUGGAUGAUGAUCUGAGCAUUCCAUUCUCUACUGAAGAUAUUUAUAUGGCAAUUCCAGCAAUAGAUCCGUCGGAUAUUGAACUUCCGUCAUUCUUGGCUGAUUUUCCUUCUGUACAGUUUCUUAUCCACAGAUCGAAGUGAAUGUUCGCACCAUGCAUCUUCAAAGCACUAUUGGUCUAGCUGGAAGUCUAGCUUAACGUAGCAUGCCUAUAUUUCAGACUUGAGAUAGUCUAGCUUUUAACGCGCAAGGAUCAUGGGUUUGUCAACAAGCAAAGUAUAUAUAAAGAACCGGUCAUCAGCGAGUGGUGUACUUACUUUGCAAAGUACUGGAAUAGAGAAAUGUUUCUUGUUCUGAUAACAAUUCCUUAGUCAUUUAUUGGGGUCAAUUAGGUCAUGCCUCCAGGUUACACGAAGGAUUAGGUAGUGUCACAAUUGUAUAGGGGUGGAUAAAAAAUAGUUCAAUCUUGUACAUUAUUCAUCUAGUGGCAAUGUAUUCAUGUUGUAUCACUCUUGCGUUUUAUUCUCCUUUUUUUUUUUUCACCCUUUCCUGGCUAGGCUUAGCCUUCCUUUUUCUCUCUUUGUGCCUUCUGUUGCUUCAUUAGAGGACUGAAUCAGCUUCAAAUUUUGUCCUGG